CAGUUAGGCACAACUCAACUUUUUUCCAUCACUUCUGCUUUCUUCAAAUCCUAAGUGCUUUUCUUUUUAUUGAGCAACAAUUGAACCUUAAGUAGUGAGACAUUCCUUAGUGGAUUUCAACAUUUCCUCCAUGAUGUGUUUGUUUAGACUUAUUACAAUGUUUCUAUUAUUUUUUGAUGUCAUUGUUCAUUCUAGAGUUCAUAUUCAUAAGGAAGAACAUGUUGGCCUUAUGAAUGAUGAAAAAUCACUUGUUUCAUUCAUGUCAUGCAUUAUUUCGGACCCUGAAAACUCGUUAGAGAAUUGGAAAUCAAAUGUUGUUCAUGUUUGUAAUUGGUCAGGUGUCAAAUGCAACAAUGCAAGUAAUAGAAUCAUAGAGCUUGAUCUUAGUGGAAGAUCAUUAGAAGGAACUAUUUCCCCUGCACUUGCUAACCUCACUUUGUUGCAAAUUCUUGACCUUUCUGGAAAUCAUUUUGUGGGUCACAUUCCAAGAGAAUUAGGAUAUUUAGUUCACCUUGAACAACUUAGUUUGUCUUGGAAUUUUCUUCAAGGGAACAUUCCCUUAGAAUUUGGUUCACUUCACAACUUGUACUAUCUUGACUUGGGAAGCAAUCUUCUUGAUGGAGAGAUUCCUCCACAAUUUUUAUGUAAUGUGACUUCAUUGAGUUAUAUAGACCUCUCUAAUAAUUCAUUAGUUGGAAGAAUUCCAUUGAACAUUAAUAAGUGUAUCCUUAAAGAGCUUGAAUUCCUCUUACUUUGGUCUAACAAUUUUGUAGGACAAGUUCCUUUGGCUCUUUCAAAUUCUACCAAACUUAAAUGGCUUGAUUUGGAGUCAAAUAUGUUGAGUGGUGAACUUCCAUAUGAGAUUAUAUGUAAUUGGCCACAAUUACAAUUCCUAUACUUAUCAUAUAAUAGUUUUGUUAGCCAUGAUGGUAACACUAACCUUGAACCUUUCUUUUCUUCCUUGAUGAAUUCAUCUAACUUUCAAGAACUCGAAUUGGCCGGAAACAAUCUUGGUGGGAAGUUGCCUCAUAUUAUUGGUAAUCUUCCAACUAGGCUUCAAAAACUUCACUUACAAGAAAAUCUCAUACAUGGCUCUAUACCUCCUCACAUUGCCAACCUUGUCAACCUUACUUUCUUAAAGUUGUCUAGUAACCGAAUAAACGGAUCGAUCCCUCCCAAACUAUGCAAGAUUGUUAGUCUAGAGAGAAUUUAUUUGUCAAACAAUUCUCUAUCAGGUGAGAUUCCUUCAACUCUUGGAGACAUUCAGCAUCUUGGACUUGUUGAUUUGUCAAGAAACAAGCUUUCUGGUUCGAUACCGGAUAGUUUCGCAAACCUCUCUCAGUUGAGAAGGCUUUUACUUUAUGAAAACCAUCUUUCUGGAACAAUACCACCAAGUCUAGGAAAAUGCGUCAAUUUGGAGAUUCUAGACUUGUCACACAACAACAUCACAGGACUAAUUCCUGCAGAAGUUGCAGCAUUGACUAGCUUGAAACUAUACUUGAAUUUAUCAAACAAUGAGUUACAAGGUUCAUUACCAUUAGAACUGAGCAAAAUGGACAUGGUGCUAGCUAUUGACGUAUCCAUGAAUAAUCUCUCUGGCAGAAUUCCACCACAACUAGAAAACUGCAUAGCACUAGAGUAUCUCAAUCUUUCUUAUAAUUCCUUAGAAGGUCCUCUACCUUAUUCAUUAGGCCAAUUACCUUAUAUUCAAACACUUGAUUUUUCUUCAAAUCAAUUGAAUGGAACAAUACCAGAAUCCCUUCAGUUAUCUUCCUAUCUCAAGACACUUAACUUCUCUUUCAACAAAUUAUCAGGAAAUGUCUCAAACAAAGGAGCAUUUUCAUCUUUGAACAUAGACUCUUUCCUAGGAAACAAUGAUCUAUGUGGCCAAAUUAAAGGCAUGAAACACUGUCAUCAUAAUAAACACAUUUACCAUUUGGUUUUUUUGUUAGUUCCUGUGUUACUAUUUGGCACACCUUUUCUGUGCAUGUGUAGGCACUCCAUAAAGCGAUUGCGAGUCGUUAGCGAAUGUGACUUGGAAGACGAAGAAGAUGAAACAAAAGAGCUCAAGUAUCCAAGAAUUUCAUAUAAACAACUUAAAGAAGCAACUAGAGACUUCAGUGCUUCAAACAUCAUAGGUUCGGGUCGGUUCGGACGAGUAUACAAAGGUGUCCUAUUAGAUAAUACAAGAGUUGCAGUGAAGGUAUUAGAUACAACAAAAGCUUGUGAGAAUGAGAUAUCAUGGAGCUUUAGAAGGGAAUGUCAAAUAAUUAAAAAGAUAAGGCAUAGAAAUUUAAUAAGGAUCAUUACAAUUUGUAGCAAGACAGAAUUUAAGGCUAUUGUUCUUCCACUGAUGCCAAAUGGUAGCCUUGAGAGGAGCCUAUAUCCUCCAAACAAUGAAUUAAGUCAGAGAUUAAAUGUGACUCAAUUUGUGAGGAUUUGUAGUGAUGUUGCUGAGGGAAUUUGUUAUUUGCACCAUUACUCUCCUGUGAAAGUAGUGCACUGUGAUCUUAAGCCUAGUAAUAUACUUCUUGAUGAAAACUUCACAGCUUUGGUUACUGAUUUUGGAAUUUCAAGGCUUCUAAAAGGUGAUGAGAAGAAUUUCAGUAAUAACUCAACGUCUUUCAGUUCAACACAUGGAUUGUUAUGUGGCUCAGUUGGCUAUAUAGCUCCUGAAUAUGGAAUGGGUAAACAUGCUUCAAGUGAGGGUGACGUAUACAGUUUUGGAGUAAUUCUGUUAGAAAUAGUGACAGGUAAACGCCCUACUGAUGUACUCAUCCAUGAGGGCUCUAGCUUGCAUGAAUGGGUUAAGAUACAAUACACACAGCCACACAAGCUUGAAAACAUUGUUCAACAAGCACUUCAAAGGUGCUCUCUUUCUUGUGUUCCAAGGCAUGAUACUAAAAUUUUGGAAGAUGUUAUGUUGGAACUCAUUGAACUAGGGCUACUUUGCACACAGAACAACCCUUCAACAAGACCAACCAUGCUGGAUGUAGCACAAGAGAUGGGGAGGUUGAAGGAUUACCUCAAUAAUUCCUUCAGCAGAGAACAUAAUUUACUUGAAAAGUAAAAAAAAAAUGUUGUGAAGAGUUUAAUUUUUAACUAUUGUAAAUGUGAAAGCUUUGUACAUAUUCCACUGUCAACUUAUAAAGUUUUAAGAUUUCCUCAAGUAUUAGUUACUUGUUAUUAAAUGAAUUAUUCGUAUAACAUA